AAGUCUUUUAACUCGAUCGACGAAAGUGCACCAACCAACCAACAGCCCAAGAGCCGAACCAAGUCGGUCGCCGCAGCAACACCGUCGCCACCGCCGCAGAACUCCACAGCAGGAGGCUCCUAGCUAGCGUGUAGCGCUUUGGGCCGCACAGGUUAGUCGAAUUUUACGCGCACUACCGAUAGGACGUCUUUGGUCGUCUUUGGGGCGGCUAACUAUAAGCAAGAGCAUCGGAGUUUGGCGCGCACCAGAAAUUCCCCACUAAAGCAGCGUGUCGAAAAGGGGAUCGAUUACAAGCGGCGGUUGUUGGUCGCAAAUUGGUUUCGGUCCACUCGGUGGAGAAAAUCGAACCCAGCUAAUCGAACGAGAAGAGCUAUCGAGUUGAAGAGGGGAAAGAGAGUGAACCGUGAAGAAGUGUGAAAGAUUGCAAUUGCGCCCGGUGACCCUGAGGAAAGCGAAAGGAAAGAAGUUUGCGCGCUCGAGUGAGAAAUUCAAGAGAUUGGAAAUAAUACAAUAAAACAGGCGACGAGUGUGGGUUAUAUAGCGGCGCGAGAUACGUGCGAUUGUGCAUCCGGUUGCAUUCAGGACUGAUAUUCGAUAGAGAGAGAGGGGCAAAGUUUACGGUCGCUGUUUUUUGGCAACUUUUCGCCGCCGUUCGUUCGAUCCCAACCUGUGCCGAGCGUGCGAGUCCGCUUUUCGGAGGGCCCCGUGGGCCACAGAGCUAACAAUCCGAUGAAAUGAGGUGGAGCAGACUACUCAUAACGACAGCUUUGUCGUUAUUUGUGAUUUUCGGAUUAAUCGAUGCCAUUAACGCCCAACGUGGUUCUGUCCGAUUCGACCGGCAACGAUCGCAGUCUUCAUCAUCAUCAUCGGCACGACCAUGGCUGGACGAUACCGCCCUCUUGGAAAGCGAAGAAAAUUUCAGCCGUAGUAAUGCGCGCCGACGGAUUCCUACCUCUCAGGCCUCGGUUGAACGGCCUUCCACCCGAACUGCGGUCUCCGGUCGUACCCGGAGUCGACCGACCAAAGCGCAGCCCAUUCAAGCCCGCGUCCAGGAAGUGACCAGCAGUGAAGAGGAGUUCGAACCACGGGCGACUACGAGGGAACAGUUCGCCCCCAGUUUGCGCAGUGAGGUCGUUUAUCAGAAUGAGUUUGCGAGGAGGUCGGAUAAGGGGUCGUCGGAGGAGAGGGUGGACCAGCGAAGGAAGACUCGAUUGAGAGGAGGGGGUGGUGGCACGACCAGUACGAGUACCGUUGCGACUGUGAGAGGUGGACGGAAACUUGGCGGUAGAGGCACUAGUGGUAGUAGGUUUUCCAAUGAGGUUGAAGAAAUUGUAUCGAGUUCUUCGGCUAGAUCAGUGGAAAGUCGAACUAGGGGGAAGGUCAAAGCUGCUUCGAAGGAGCGAGCGGAGGACGUAGCGUCGGAUGAGAACUAUCCAGAAGAGUUCAAAAAGUUGUUGAAAGCGAAGUUUAAAGAGAACAAGGUGAAAAACGGUAAUAGGCUGGAGUCAUCAACGGAGAAAGAUUUUGAUAAAUCUAGCGAAAAGGAGGUUCCACGAUUCAAGGUGAAAAUUUUGAGUACGACUACGGAAGGCCCUACAACUACUGUUAAGGUGAUAACACCACGACCUGCAAAUGGGAAUGCGAGAUUAGUACCUUCAAGGAGUAGACCGUCGUCGUCCGAGGAGUCUAGCGAAAAUUCGAGAUCGAAAAGUAGAGCUUCAUCGAGUGUAAUUGUUUCAACGCCUCGAUCUUCUAAUAAAAGGGUAACACCAAGACCUAGAACCUCAACGACUGUUUCAACCACGACUACUGAAGAGUCCAUCGUCACUGAAGCAGCUGCAACUACCCCCAGACCAACCAGAGCUUAUUCGCGUAGACCGAGUAUUGUCAGUCAACUGACUUCAACCACUACCACGUCAACGACCACCAGAAAGCCGUAUUCCCCAACAACGAGGAGCUCUGCAACCAGUAAACGAACCUUUUCUGCACCUGUCACAGCUUCAUCUUCUCAGAUAAAGCCAUCAGAAACGGAACCUAAACGUGAUAAUAGUAUCGUGAUUUCAUCGCUCCGCAAUCCCAGCGUUUUCCGAUCUUCUUCAGCACAGAGACAAUCCCGUAAACCAAUUUCUUCUUCAGCCGAGUUGAGCAAUGAAGUGAAACCAGUCGUUAUUCCUUCUCGUUCCAAGGCACAUUCGCCUCCAAACACGCCGAAACGUUCGCAGUCGGGCGCCGGUUCCGGCAGAGUACCGAACCGCUUCGAAUCCAACCUCAAGAAGACCCCGGUCUACACCCCGACCAUCCCCAACUUCAGGGCUACGCCGCCAACGACGACAACGGCAAAGGUUAGACUUGAAGGCCACUCUUUGCUAACGACUGCUAACGCUUCCACCGCCUACACCACCAAUACCAUCAGCACAACCGCCAACAACAGCACCUUCCCUUCCAGUGCGGCAGCACUCGCUAACGAAAUAGAUGUCGACGAUGGGGAAGAAGGAGAAGUUGUCGAAGAUGGGGAAGGAGAAGGAGAAGGGGGGUUGCUGCUCGGCCAAAGCCGUCCCCAUAGACUUCGGAUGGCUCCCUUGGACGAGGACGGCAAUGACAGUGGAAGCGAGCGCGAGGUGGAACCAGUGGCCGCCGGGUUAACCCAGAGUCGUAUCGAUGUCGACACGCCGAACCAUGUGCCCUCGGUGACCGUAUCGAUCUUCAGUGCCCUCUCGGAGAUCCUCUCGCAGCCAACAGAAAGUUUACCAUUUUUGUCUUCUAGCACCGAUGCACCGGCACCUCCCUCUUCUUCUAGCACUUCGACGACAACUACUACGACAACAACCACCACCACCACCACAACUACCACUACCACCACCACAACCACGCCCAAGCCAAGCACUUUGCGAAAACCUUCGGCCAAGGUACUGGAAGUUGGUAGCACCUCAGCUAUGCCCAUUGCGUUGGUCGCAACGCCUGUACAUACUAGCGAACCAAUCGAUAUUACCACUAUUGUAAAUAAUACUCCCGCAGAGGGGACCACUAGCGUCCAGCCCACUACGGCGGUGGUGGACAGCGUACGCCCCGAGUCAAGCAUGUUAUCCGAAACGGGUGAACUCAUUAACACCAACGAUUUGGAAAGUGUUUUCCGACCGAGAUUCCUGGAAUCCGAAGAAUACGAAGUCCCAAUCCCUACCUCAACCGAACGUUCCUCAGCCAUAAGUGCUAGCGAUCCUUUGUUGAACGACCUUUCUCCUUUCUCUCAGACCCCCAAAUCCCCAGAAACCACCACUGCUCCUACUACGGUCACUGUUGAGGAACCUACAAGUACCAUGACCAUUGCCGCUACCGAGAGCAUGCUAACGAAGUCGCCCACUAACACGCCACUAACCGAAAGCGCCGAUCCCUCGACCUACCCCACAACGACUCCUUCGGUUCCCACGACUACGGUUCAAUCGACCUCCACGGCUCCGUCGUUUGCUUUGGACAUCCGUAGUGGAAAUUCGGAAACACAGCCUGCGCCAUCUACCACGCCAACCGAGCCAGAAAACACUUUCAUGCCUAGCACUGCUACUCCUAGUCCCAUUGAUACCACCCCCUUCAUCACCGCCAAUGCCAUCACCACCGAUGCCAUCGCCUUGCUCACCACCACAACCACGAACAACAACAGUAGUGCUAUGCUUUCAAACUUACCUGAUGCGGCAAGUGUCUCAGAUUCGCUCGCUUACACUAACGUUACUAAAUCACCACCACUGACUCACACCGAACUACCGACAACUGCAUCACCAACGACAACUGCUGAGCCGCCAACGACAACUACGGAGUCGGAACAGACGACCAUCACCACGAUCGUGACAUCGGCCCCAAUGACCGUAAGUAGGACUACCGAAUCGUUUCAAAAUUCCUUCGAUGCCACGAUGGCUGCCCCUUCUCGGUUCCCUUACAUUGUAACCCCCCAAGUGCGAAUCCUAACAUCCGAAACUCCCUCCGAGUACCACCCAAGAUUUGCCGUGCGUCCUUCCAUUGCUGGGGCUGCACAGAGUUCCACCACCACCACGAGCACUUCUAGCACCACCACUAUCACAAGUGCACCGCCUCUGGUCACAAGCAGCCCUCGCACCGCAGAACUAACAACGCCAAAGCCUAGAUCACGCGGAAUCGUUGUUUACGGUAUCCUCCCGAACAAUACAGUCAUCCGACGAAUCAUCGGUGGAGACGACGAACCAACAACCACCACCGAGAACCCUCGUAUCGUGUAUGGUAUCUACCCUAACGGUACCAUUGUCCGUCGCUAUCCAAAUGGAACCAUCGUUCCUGACCUCCCUCGACAACGUGGACGCGUAGAAAUCACCGAUAUUGAUCCUCGCCAACUACGGGACCCAAACAGCUCCAUCUACCAAGAAUCUUCCACCGUGUCCACCAGCACCACCACAACUGCAUCCCCAACUAGAACCACCACUACCUCUACCACUACCAUUCCGAACGAAACUACGGGGACUACAGCAAUAAUUGAUCUAUUGAGAAAGUACAACGAGGACAACCAAUUGGACACAAAGGUUAAGUCGGACAAUGUGUUCAGCUUGGCGAUGAGUCGUGGCUCCAAAGGUGGAAGCAAUUCGAAGAAGACCGAUGGCCCAACAAAGGUCUCCCUGGACAUUGAUUUCACGACGAGCAAACCUAAGGAAGAGGUUCGAAUAAACCGCCCCAAUGCUCCGGAUUUGAUUUACCGCUGGAAACCAACGACUGAUAGUGAAGAGAUUAUCGCCGUUGUUUCAAGCACAGAGGACGUAGCAAUAUCUGAUAACACCGUUCCUGACAACGUGAUAGAGUUCAAGAGCAUACCAAUGUCGAGUACGGAGUCGAUGCUGGAUCGUAUAGUAUCAACCUCACAGCCUGAGCUACCCACUAAAAUCUCGAAGGACGUUGAACUGCGUAUCUCUUCUGAUAUGAAAGCACCCAGUCAAUCCACGAAGACGGAAGUUUCAGAACUUAACAAUUUUAUAACUUCUACGUUACUUCCUGUCACUGAAAUGCCGAUGACGUCGACGACUACGGAGCGUACUACCACCACCUCAACAACCAGUACGACUCGUAUGCCAACGACUACACCCAAACCUACCACUACAACUUCGACAACGACAACAACAACCUCAGCUCCCACCACGACUUUCCGAAGUUCUUCGUUUGUAACUACAACCAAGCCCUCCAGAAGAAACUCCCAAAUCGAACAACUAGAAACCAACUUGCGGCUUCUUCAGCAAUUCCUUGCUGGUAACCAGAGGGACAUUGCUGCAACAAAAGCUGUCACGCAACCUACUACCGUGGCUAGCAGCUCCACAUCUACAACAACUCCUAAGUCCACUACUACGACCAGUACGACUACCACGACCACGACAACAACUACAACCACUCCGAAACCUACGACUACAACAACACCAAGUACCACAACAACUACCAUCCCAACAACAACUCGCGCCAAAUCGAAAGACAAUAGUCGCCUUAGCCAGAACUCAGUGAUUGCUCCGACAACUCAACGACCCAGAACCACAACCUUCUCCGAUGCGGACGAUUUAGCAUUCUUGCGUCAAUUGGCGAAAUUUUUGAACGGAGGUCAAGUUCCGGGUCAAACCACCAGAAGAACAACGAAGAAACCGAAGCCUACAACGACGACAACAACUAGUACAACUACGACGACCACCACGCCGCGGCCAACAACAACAACAACCACAACCACGUCCACAACUCUCCGGCCAACGACAACUCUGCCGCUGAGUACGGUGAUCGUCGAUAAAGAAGAUUCAGACUUUCUGAAUGAUGUGCGUAAACUACCGAACUUUGCCACUCCCAAUCCACUGGUUGAUAGCUCUCUGGCAAACCGAAUCCUCCAGCUGGCGAUCAACCGGGAUCCGAAAAGUAUUUCAGUCAGCAACACACUCAACGGAGUACCAUCAACUCAGAAACCUCCGACCCUUUCGCCUACCGAAGUCGAGCAGACAAAGAAACAGCUCGACAAGGAACUCCAGUCUUACAACAACGAUCUUCGGCUCUUAUCAAGCCUUCUCGGGCGUCCCAUAACUAGCAAGGACCUGCCAACCCUAACCAAGCAGCUGGCCCCGGCUCCAAGACCUACCACGACUUCAACCACAACGUCAACGACCACCUCCACCACCACAACUCGUCGUUCACCUCCAGCCGAUCCUCUUGUCCUUCAACAGCUGCUUCUCCGCCAGCAACAACAGCACAACUCUAGUCCCGCUGUUGCCGAAUCCACCGAACUGUACGGAAAGUCCAACGAAGCCAUCCUCGCAACGGUCCUGAAGCAACGCGGAAUCAGCCCCGUCAACACCAACGCCAAUCUGGAGGAGAUCCUGGCCAAGAUAUCGCCUCGCACCAACGGCGACCAGCCGGUCACGGUUCAGCCGAUCAUCACCACUGCGCGGCCAAGGCCACGGACUGCGCGUCCUCCAGAGCCACAACCGCCACCGCUGCGCUCCUCACGACCCAUUCUCGACGGUCUGUCGUGGCUGUGGCGAGAGUGGCAGGCUACUGCGCCGCAACCCCGCCAGCGUCCUGGCGGGUAUUCGACGGCAGGUGGGGCACCACCGCCCAGUACGUUCGGGCUGAGUGGAGGACUCGGCGGUGGUGGUGGCGGCGGUGGGUUUGGUGGUGGAGGUCGACCCCAAUCGCAGGCGUUCCGCGACGAGGGACUCGAUCCUGAUGCCAAACCCAUCAAUCCAAGCGUAACGGAGGAACCACCGUCGCUGUUCGGGGGCUUCGGCGGUAUCAACCCCGGAGGGCAGCUACUGAAUGCUGCGAUCGGUGUAACACGAGCUGUUUCGCAGUUCCUGGGAGUUGCCCUGCAGGGAGCGGCCAAAAGCUUCACCACUGCAUUCAACCCAGCUACUCAACCCGCCUCGCAGGUGGACGAUCUGAGCUACUACAGGUUUAGCGGUAGAUGAACGGGUCCAUUUCUGGUUAACGGGAUUUAAGUCAUACUCUCGUGGUAGCAUUCCAGAACAAAUAGGCUAGGCAUAGCUAGUUAGUUCGAUUAGUUAGUUAGUUAGUUGGUUUCUAUACAAUUUGAGAUUUUGCUCAAUGCGAGGCUAGUUCCUGCGGCCAGGUACAGGGGAUCAGCAGUGUGCGAUUGAGCCAUGACGGACGAGUGAUAAGCGCGUGAGUGAGUGUAGGUAGGUCCUUGUGAUGUGAUCGAGUUCUAAGGAAGGUGUACUGAUAAGACUGUGAAUUUACUGUUAGUGUCUAUUUAUUAUUCGUUCUUGGCCACAAAUGCUUAUCCGAUAUCUAGCUAAUGGUCGGCACUUUAAACCAGAUCGCUUCGAGCUGCAAGCCCUCUUAACAAGAUUCCAUUUCUAAUGUGUGAUAAUGCUUGCGUUCUACGUACGAUAGGUGAUUGCUUACGAAUUCCAUUUUAUUUAUAUGCUCAUCGUACUCAGAAACUUUUUUCGCUUUAAAGUAAUGAAAACGGUAUAUUUUAAGCUCCGGCAAUCGAUUGUGCCAUCGACCGAGAGAAUCGGCUGCAGACGAGGCACGUAUUUG